AUGCCUCCCAAAGCGCGAAAACGCGGCCCGCCCGCAUCCUCCGCGACGCCGAGCUCCGCCCCGAAACGAGCGCGACAAUCCAAGCUCGCAAAGGAGAACGACAUCAGCGCAGCCGAAGAGAACGAGAUCAAAGAAGUCUUCCACCUGUUCUCCACAGAUGCCGACGAGUUCCCGGACGAGAAGGAGGGCGUUAUCCCGAUAGAGGAUGUGAAGAAGGCGCUUUCAGCCCUAGGCCUCACCACUGACCCCCACGAACUCCCCGAGAUCCUCUCCGCCCUCGACCCAACAGAAACCGGCUACGUAGCGUACGAGCCCUUCCUGACGGUGGCAGCGGCCAAGCUGCGCUCGCGCUCCGCCGACGCCAUGGCCGCCGAGGUCGACGCCGCCUUCCGGCUGUUCACGCGCGGCGCCGAUAACACGGGCGUCAUCACCCUGCACCACCUGCGCCGCAUCGCGCGCGAGCUCAAGGAGGACGCUAACCUGAGCGAGCAGUUGCUCCGGGAUAUGAUUCUCGAGGCGAACGGGGGCGCCGGGGUGGGCGCUGGGGUCACCUUGGGUCAAUUUCGGGAGGUGAUGCUUCGGGCUGGGGUCUUUUGA